AUGUUUAAGGGGAACAAAUCAACGCGCCAGUCGGGGUAUGAGUCGCGGUAUCCUUUGCGGGAGCUCGGAUGGCGGGCGAGGGCAAGCUCGCUGCUCAGUCGCUUUCGUGACGGCGUCGGGGCUGCCGCGCGCCCCGUCUCACCCCGAAUCCCUCAAACCGACCCCAUUCGCGACCGCCGACUCAAAACCGCCCCGCGCACCGGUCGCGACGGAAGUGGCGCCCUGAAAUAUAUCAAUGCACUUCCGGUCGACGAAUCUACAGGUGUCCCGGCGCGAUAUUAUGGCAACACUUCAAACGGAAUUAGGGCCCUAAGUGUCUUCCGUUUAGAGUUCUCUUUUCUUUGUUCCCGAUUUAUCCGUCUCCGGGUUCUC